AUGGCUGACAAGAUGGCGGCCAGGUGUCUGGCUAUUCAGAACCUGGUAGUGGCCCAAGCCCAAGCUCAGGUCCCGGUCGCAGCAGCUGGACCAGUGCUGCCAGUGCCCAAAAUCCGUCUGCAAAAGAUGACCCCAGAAGAUGACCCGGAGGCCUUCCUGACCACAUUUGAGCGGAUGGCUACAGUGUCAGGGUGGCCAGCCGGAUGUUGGGCAGCCCAACUAGCCCCCUGUCUAACUGGUGAAGCGCAGGCAGCAUACCAGGCUCUGAGCAACGUUGUGGCGGAAGAUUACUCCCAGGUGAAGACAGCUACCUUCCGGCGCCUUAAUAUCACCCCGGAGACGCAUUGCCGGCGUUUCCGGAGUUACAAGCGGCUGGAGGGAACCCGGCCUCGCAUCAUGGCCCAGCAACUCUGGGACCAUCUGACCCGCUGGCUGCGUCCCACUGAACGGACCACCCAACAAAUCAUGGAGUCUGUGGCGGUCGACCAGUUCCUGGAGGUGUUGGAACCAGAGACUCGAGCCUGGGUCGCUCGCCACAGUCCCGAGACGAUGGACACGGCCGUCGAGCUGGCGGAGGCCUUCGAGGACGCACUGCUUCGGGUGGACCCCAGUCCAGCUCCAGUGAGGCAUCGGCCUUCGCCAGCGCACCCAAAGACUGCAACGAGGCCUUCAGUUUUCCCCGUCCCUUUGAGCGCCUCUCCUCCAAAGUGGAGACAGAGGUUAGCUCCCAGCUGGGCUAGAGAGAAUCCUUGGACCUCCCCUAGUGGACCAAGGGACAAACAGCCGUCUCCCACAGCGCCGCCUUCCCCUACCUGCUUCCGGUGCCACGAGGUGGGGCACAUCGCGAGAUUCUGUCCCAUCGCGAUGGAGUGUGACGUGGCCUUGCGAUGUCCGGCUGCAGAGGGUGGUGAGUACAGGGGAAGGGGUCGGGAGGGGACUUGCAUUAUUAAUGUAGAUGUUGGUAAUAUGAGUACCCACGCAUUAGUGGGCUCAGGGUGUAGUCACACUAUAAUUCGGUCUGCUCUCUUGGAGGGUACGCCUUGGCGGCCACAGGGGUCUGUGACCAUCUCGUGUAUUCAUGGAGAAACCAAGGCAUAUCCUACCACUAAAGUUAGAAUGACUGUGGAAAGUCGGACGUGCCAUGUAGUCGUGGCCGUCGCUAAAAAGGUGCCAUACCCAGUGAUUUUGGGUCGAGAUUGGCCUUACUAUUCAGAAGUUAAGGUCAAUGCGGCUCGGCCACCCAUUGUAGAAGGGGUGGUCGCAACGGGGGAUCCAAUUGGCCGGAUCUUUCCCUUGCAGGCCGACAUAUUUACUUCCAGGUUCCGGCCCCGUAAAACUAAAAGAGAGCGGAGGGCUGAGAAACUUGAGGGGGCAUUAAUGAGACAAGGCUGGGGAUUGGUGGGGGAAUCUGCUUUGCCUGUCAAACGAACACAGAAGGGUGUGGGUGUCCAGUGUGACCAGCGGGAGCGGGUUACUGAGAUCCCUAGAGCAGAAGCUACUGAGGCCCCGCUCGGCAUACCGCAAUUCUGGGACCGGGGUGUGGACCUGGAGUGGGAGCAAAGUAACGACCCCACUCUGGUGCACAUCCGGGGGCAGGUUCGGUCUGUCGAGGGGAAGGAAGUUGAAGGCUGCGGGCCGCUCACAUUUCCUCACUUCAUCGUGAUGGGGCAUUUGCUGUAUAGGGUAUCCCAAGCCCCGGGCACAGGACAGCCUGUAACCCAGUUAUUGGUUCCGGGGUCUUUCCGCCGGGAGGUCAUGAGGUUGGCACAUGAUAUUCCCUUUUCUGGCCACCUGGGGCGGGAAAAGACCUUGGAACGAAUACUGGCCCGGUUUUAUUGGAUGGGACUCCACAUGGAUGUGAGGAAAUAUGUAGCGGAGUGUCCCGAUUGUCAGAGAGUAGCGCCGGGACGGGUUCGCCCGGCCCCGCUGGUCCCACUGCCCCUGGUUUGUACUCCCUUCGAUCGCAUAGCAAUGGACAUAGUGGGCCCAGUGCAGCCCGCCGACUCUGGAUAUACGCACAUUUUAGUAAUGGUGGAUUAUGCUACUCGAUAUCCAGAGGCGGUGCCACUGCGCUCCACUAGUGCUGUCGCCAUUGCUAAAGAACUAGUUAAGAUUAUUGCUAGAGUAGGGGUGCCCAAAGAGAUUCUGACAGAUCAAGGAACUAACUUCAUGUCCGAUACCCUCAAAGAAGUUUACAAAAUUUUGAAAAUCCAUCCCAUCAGGACCUCUGUGUACCAUCCACAGACAGAUGGCCUGGUGGAAAGGUUUAAUCAGACCCUGAAGCAGAUGCUGAGGCGAUUUGUGAACCAGGAACAAAAACAUUGGGCAAAACUCCUUCCCUUCCUGAUGUUCGCAGUGAGAGAGGUGCCACAGAGCUCAACUGGGUUCUCCCCGUUUGAGCUGCUGUAUGGGAGACAACCCCGAGGCAUUCUCGAUCUCGUGCGAGAAGGGUGGGAGGACCAAACCUCUACGUCUAAAAAUGUAGUCAAAUAUGUACUACUGCUACGAGAUCGCUUGGAAUUAGUCGGUCGUUUGGCUCAAGAGAACCUGCGCAAUGCUCAGCAUCAGCAGCAGCAGCAGUACAAUCAAAAAGCACGAAUUCGGACUUUUCGAACUGGGGAUAAGGUACUGCUGCUUCUUCCCACAGCUGAGUCUAAGUUGUUUGCCAAGUGGCAAGGGCCUUAUGAGGUGGUUCGAGCUAUAGGGAGAGUCAAUUAUGAAAUCAGGCAGCCGGACCAUCGAAAACCACUUCAAAUUUAUCAUGUAAAUUUGUUAAAACCUUGGAGAGACAGAGAGGCCCUGUUUAUUGCUAAUGAUAUCCCCGAGGAGGAUUUUGGUCCUGAGGUGGGGCCACUUGGUCAAACAACUAAGAUUUCAAUGGGGAAACAGUUACUUCCCUGUCAGAAACAGGAGCUGGGCCAACUAAUUGAGGAAUUC